AUGGGCAACGAGAGCUCAACGCUGGUGAAAAUUCGCCGCAGCAGCAAGGAUCCGGCAAUCAUCGAGUGCAUGGACACGAAUGGCAACCAUCAAGCGAUUUACCGUAAGAAAUCGCGGAAACGAAGUGUGACGUCGAGCCCGCCGCCGCCGCCAAUUCCGAUUCUCAUUCAAUCGCAACCGUCGGCAGAGCAAUUCAGUGUUGAUUCGAGGAAAAGCUCCGUUUCAAAUUUUCGAUCUUCUAGCGACGGCUCCGGCGACUCGCUUUUAAGCCCGCCGAAUUUGGCAUCCGACCGCCGGCGGAGUCGUAGUUUGUGCGCCGCACAAAUAAAGGAGGACGCUCAAGCGGUCGCUGCAAGCCAACAACAAGAAAAAUCGUCGUCGUCGAACAACAGAAAACAGAGCAGCGGAUUGGUGCCAUCGCUGAAUCGCCUUCGAAUUCAACAAUGCUAUAAAGCGGCCAAACCAUCCAUCGGCGACGCGAUAAUGAAACGAGCGGCGGCGGCGCGCGUCGAAAUGCGCGCGUUUCUCGCCAAAAUGAACGCGACACAAAUCGAGGCGCUCGGCCGUCAAAUGUACGAGCUGAUCACGCUGGCCGUCGAGAACGCCGACAAAUCCGACAAGGUGCUCGCGCACGCGAAACAAUUCGGCAGCUCCUACGCGGCGCUUUGUCCGCUCGGCUUUCGGCCCGAUUUGUUCACGCCGCUCGCCGACGCCGCCAUCGCCGAGUGCGUCAAACUCGACGGUGUUCAUAAGCGCUGCGAGACGCUGUCCGCCUGGAGCCAACUGUUCAGCGCGCUGUUCACCGGCGUCCGCGACGGCUACUAUCAGAAAGUUCGACAUCAGAGGCGAACAUCGCUGCCCCAAAAUACCAUAACCAAACAGCUGUCUGUCGACUUUUCCAAAACAUCUGACGCCUUCUCCCGCUGA